CCUGUACGAAUCGGACAUCACGGACUGGUGUCAACAUGGCAGAUGAAGCAACUAGGAAAGCAGUUUCCGAAAUACCGCUUUUAAAAACUAAUUCAGGACCAAGAGACAAGGAACUGUGGGUUCAGAGACUUCGAGAAGAAUAUUUAGCACUUAUAAAGUAUGUCGAAAAUAACAAAGCAGCUGAUAAUGAUUGGUUUCGUCUAGAGUCCAACAAGGAGGGCACAAGGUGGUUUGGAAAAUGCUGGUAUAUUCACGAGCUUCUCAAAUAUGAAUUUGACAUGGAAUUUGAUAUUCCAGUUACAUAUCCUGCCACAGCUCCUGAAGUGGCCAUUCCUGAGUUAGAUGGGAAGACGGCGAAGAUGUACAGAGGUGGAAAAAUCUGCCUGACAGAUCACUUCAAGCCACUGUGGGCAAGAAAUGUGCCAAAAUUUGGUCUGGCUCAUCUUAUGGCUUUGGGACUUGGACCGUGGCUUGCAGUUGAGAUUCCAGACCUCAUUGCGAAAGGCUUAAUUCAACAUAAAGAUCAAAACAGCUGAAAACAGUAGAAAAAAGCUUUUGCAUUUCACUGUGUCUUAAUAAUGCAAACACAAAUGACAAUUUUAACAACAGUUAGUUUGAAAUCACGGGUUGCUUGACCUGUGGUUUCAUAUUUUUGAUUGUUGCUUCACAGUAACCGUACUUAACAUUCAUGUUUGUACAUAUAUUUUUUCUUUUCUUUCUCAGUAGAUCAGUACCGUUCAUGUAUGUUUCAUCAGUAAAACCUGGUACACAAAUGUGAGACUGUUUCAGUUUGUGGAAUCUCAUGUUUAUUUGAAAGCCUGUAAGGAUUUAAAUGGUCAAACUUUCAAUUUAAAAGAAUAAUUCUCCCAUACAUAAUAAAUUACUCAUUAUUUAUUCAGCCUCAA